AUGAAGCUUUCCCUCAUUGUCCUCCCGGCCUUGAGCGCCGUCGCUUUCGCCGCCCCAGCUCCCACGAAAGUGGACAAGAGCUGUGCUCACCAAAAGCCAUACAAGCACUACCCUGACAACUACUACGGAUGUCAGGAGUACAACAAGGAUGAGUGGGCUUACAAGGCCAAGUGCAUUUGGUACAAGCCGGAUCUGAAGCACUGCAAGCCUGAUAAGGUUGACAAGUACGAAAAGGCCAACAAGGAUCGCAAGGAGAAGGAGGACAAGGAUCGCAAGGAGAAGGAGGACAAGGAUCGCAAGGAGAAGGAGGACAAGGAUCGCAAGGAGAAGGAUCGCAAGGAGAAGAAGGACAAGGAUCGCAAGGAGAAGGAGGACAAGGAUCGCAAGGAGAAGGAAGAGAAGGAUCGCAAGGAGAAGGAAGACAAAGAUCGCAAGGAGAAGGAAGACAAAGAUCGCAAGGAGAAGGAGGACAAGGACAAGUGGGAGAAGGAGCAGAAAAAGAACUCCUGGCUCUGCAAGACCAUGAAGAAGAAUUGUCAUUAAGCGUUCAACAACGGUUGAGUGUUUCUGCUGCUCCAGCUGGAAAGUGGUCGGCACCACACUCCCUUGUUUGAAGUCAGCUUCCUUCCGGGCAUGACUUUAUGUCCAUGGCAAUGGUUAUGAGGUUCGAAAAAAUUCGCUCAACAAAGAUGAUGACGAUGCUCCUGGUUUAAAUCUAGUCUUUAAUGUAAUCAGCGU